AUUGUUUCUCUUUUGCUGUCUCUCUUUCUCUCUCUAUCUCUCGCCUGCGAAAGCUGGGGGACUAGAGAAGGCAUCGCCAUUGCCCAUUUCUCGGGCCAAGAAAUUCGGAUUUUUUCAGAUCCGGAUAGUACCAAAAUUUCCACCUAUCUGAUCCGAAUCAGCGAUGACUAGGCGGUGCUCGCAUUGCAGCCACAACGGGCACAACUCGCGGACCUGCCCUAACCGCGGGGUCAAGCUCUUCGGGGUGAGAUUGACCGAUGGGUCGAUCAGGAAAAGUGCUAGUAUGGGCAAUUUAAGCCAUUACACUGGGUCUCUCAGCCACGCUUCCGGGUCCAACAACCCGGGAUCACCAGGAGGAGAGACACCCGACCACGGUGGCACUGCUGACGGCUACGCUUCUGAGGAUUUCGUUCCUGGUUCUUCUUCGAGCCGUGAGCGAAAGAAAGGUGUUCCAUGGACCGAAGAGGAGCAUAGGAUGUUUCUACUUGGUUUGCAGAAGCUUGGCAAAGGUGAUUGGCGUGGAAUUGCACGCAAUUAUGUUAUAUCAAGGACACCUACUCAGGUGGCCAGUCAUGCGCAAAAAUAUUUCAUCAGGCAAAGCAAUGUUUCUAGGAGGAAACGACGAUCCAGCCUAUUUGAUAUAGUGGCUGAUGAACCAGCCGACACUCCAAUGGCUUCACAAGAGUUCUUGACUGUCAACGAUCUCCAGGUUGAAACACAAACUGAUAGUCCUGAUCCUUUACCCGCUCCUCCUCCUUUGGAUGAAGAAUGUGAAUCAAUGGAUUCUAACAACUCCAAUGAGGCAGAAGCUGUUCCUCCAAAUCCAAAGCCAGAUAGCUCACAGUCUUUCUACCCAGUUAUGUACCCUGCUUAUUUCCCACCAUUCUUCCCAUUUUCAUUUCCACUUUGGUCAGGGUAUGGUGGGGAGCCAAGUAAAAAGGAGACGCAUGAGGUUGUGAAGCCAACAGCAGUACAUUCAAAAAGCCCAAUCAACGUUGAUGAGCUAGUUGGCAUGUCAAAACUGAGUUUAGGAGAAUCUAUUGGUGACACUGGCCCUUCUCUUUCCUUAAAAUUGGUUGAAGGAUCAUCCAGACAAUCUGCUUUCCAUGCCAAUACAAGCUCCAAUUCUUCAAACAUGAACUCAAGCAGCAGUCCCAUCCAUGCAGUUUAAAGGCAGCUCUGGCGGAGAUGAGAUUGUAGGUGUAGUAGCUCAGUGCUGAUGAGCUUGAGACUUGCUGUUUAUACCAGACAAUAAAUGUGCAGUAUGUUUUGGGUUCAUAACAUAUUUGUUCUGGGAUAUUUUAAUAAUUUUUUUUUCUCCUGAAAGUAUUAGUAGCUUGUUUUAGUUGGUAGCUUUACGUAGGCUGUCUUUAGCAUCUUGUCAGAAAUUAUUUGAAUCUUUAACGUCUAUAUUAAUUUGGAGUUGUAUGCCA